UCAUUUUCAUUAUAGCCAGGCGUGACGCAUGUAAUAUAUUUCGCUAUGCAAUUUGUUACUCUGUAUGCGUUUUAUCUAACAGAUGUGACAUUUAGUAAGGCCUGGCACGGAGCUAGCCAUGUAGUUAGGUUUGACUAACGUUAGCUACGGAAUUUGAAAAUUAGGGUUUGCUUAGGCUUGAUCUAGGGACAUCGAAUAACAAGAUAUUCAUUUGAUCGUACAAUUAAACAAUGCAUUAUACAGUGGGCUCCUGAAUUAUUAAGGCGAGAGACUGAGAUGACCAUUGCCAAACAUGGAUGUUGUUUCACAUAACCAUUUAUGUGUGGAUUUUGAUGUUUGGACGGGAGUUAUUGUCCUACUGGACAAUCUACCUUUGACCUUUCUACCAGAGACAACCAUUUUGGUCUCAUGUGACCACAGCAAUCUCUUCCAGUUAUAAUUUCAAUGAUGUUUGGCAAACGCCAGAUGCUUAAUUUUGUUUAUUGUGCUAAGUAAGGGCUUUCUUCAUGCUACCCAUCCAAAGAGCUUGUUGGUAUGGAGGUGGUGUUUUCAUCUCCUCACCGUCUGUGGGGACAAGGUGCACUUGUGUCCUCUUGCUGGCCAGUUUGCAACCAUUCCAUGUGUUAUUUUUGUUUAUUUAUAUAUUAUUAUUGCCCUUACUGUUCUAAGUGGUAUGUCUUUUUUGUAUGUAUUACCACACUUAUGAUGGUAAAUUACUGUCUGUCUCUUCAGAAUUGACAGUUCUUUGGCUUUUCCCAUGUUUAUGGAUGACAAUGCAUAGACUUUUCAUGCUUUUUACCAUCAUUUUGUAUUCUAUUGAAACCGGAAUUGAUGGAAUGACAUAAUAUAGACUUAUUAACCAAAUUAAGUAAAAUUGUAUUGACAAUUUCACUUUGUUUGAUUUUAUUCACAAUAAUUGUUAUAGGUACCAAUCAUUUUGACACCUACGUACAGUUGUCCCAUAUGUUUGGACAUAACAUAUAGAUUAUUAUGGGUGUUGUAUAUUAUGUGCAGCCUUUUUUCUUCAUUUUUAUUUAGGGUGUCAAAAAUUCUGGAGCGCAUUGUAUAAGAAUUUAGUGAAAAUUUCAAUGUCUCUCCGACCACAAUAGUAGUAGCAUUUUCAGUAUUUUCCUGGUUCGGUUCACUGCCGUCAUUUAAUCGAUUAACCAAUUAAAAAUCUAUUUUGUACAAGCAUGCUGCAAUAGGCUGGACAGCCAAUAGAAUAACAUUUAUUAAUGAGUUACAUUAAUGAGUUAUGUUACUGCCCAACUGGGGCAUCAUUUCAGGAAGAACUUUGGCAAAAAAAUGACUUCAUGAAUUCAUGGCUGUACACAAGACGACAUAUGUCCAUUUCAGUGUAUCACCGGUAAUAUUUCUCCAAACCAUUCUCAAAAUAUUUCGAAGGCAUGACACUGACAAGGGGUGAUUGCAUGAAAUUGGCAACUCUAAACAUCAUUACCAAGAUAUUCAGCAAUAGGCUACUCACUGAACGACAGAUAUAGUAACUACAGGACACUACCUGAGGAACGGCAUGGAACAACAAAGGCUACCUGCCUGCUAAUAUGCAAGCUUAGCAAAAUUAAGAGGCUGUGGCAUGUUGGCACAGUUUGCGGGAAGGAAGCAGGGAAAUCUGAGGACCACGCCUACUGGUUAAGUAAGCACACACCUGGACUACGUUACGAAUCAGUCCAGGAGUUUAUAAGGUGUGAUUCUUUCCACAGUAGGUAGCUGAGACCAGGAAACCGCAGGAGAGCAGAGAGCCGAGCCAAGACACCAGACAGCUGACAGCUGAAAAGCCAGCCAGCUGAAAAGCUACAUGCGAGUCAGAUGUAAGCCAUGUCUCCCACCCAUCGAUCGAGGAGUCGCAGUUCAGAGCAGGUGAACGGCCCGACCCAGCCGACACAGCGACGCAGCCGAUCCCGCAGUGGCAGCGGUAGGAGUCAUUCUAGGAGCCCCGCAAGCAAAUCCAGCAAACACAAUGGGAACUCUGUCAAAGAGGACCGACGGGCACGGUGGUGUGACUUCAGGGAUAGAAGCAGGACGAGGUUCUACACGGAGAGCUCUCGAAGUCGCUCCAGAUCCCGCUCCAGGGAGAGAGAUUCAUGGCAACAGCGAGAUGGGAGACACAGUCACGGAUCCCGUUUCGACCAUUAUAACAAAAGGGACGACACUAUACGGCAGAGACAAGAUUCUUUCAUUGCCAGGCGGCUGCAAGAAAGGGAGAGGAUUGGGGAAUUAGGGGCACCAGAAGUCUGGGGGUUUUCACCAAGGGUUAGAGAACCCGAUUCUGACGAGCAUACCCCUGUUGAGGAUGAUGUGAAAAACAACAGCUCUGUUUCAAGUUCAGAAGAGGAAAAGAAGAAAAAGAAAAAGAAGAAAAAGUCCAAGAAGAAGAAGCACAGGAAGCAGUCAGAGGACAGUGAGUCAGAGAGUCAAUCUGAAGAAGAGAAAAAGAAAAGGAAGAAAAAAGCGAAAAAAAAGAAGAAAUCAAAAAAGAAGAAAAGUAAGCGGAGCAGGAGACGGUCAAGUGAUUCGAGCAGCGAUAAGUCUGAAGACGAAGAGGACCAGAAUGAGGAACUGUGGGUGGAGAGAACCUACAAUGAUGAACAUAUUGUUGGUCCGGAGGCUCCCCUUACUCACCUGUCCCAGGAGGACAAACCUCUGAACUAUGGUCAUGCACUGUUGCCAGGUGAAGGUGCUGCUAUGGCAGAAUAUGUGAAAGCUGGAAAGCGUAUCCCUAGAAGAGGUGAAAUUGGCUUGACCAGUGAUGAGAUUGCUGCCUUUGAGCAGUCUGGCUAUGUUAUGAGUGGAAGCAGACAUCGCCGGAUGGAGGCUGUGCGACUAAGAAAGGAAAACCAGAUCUACAGUGCAGAUGAAAAGAGAGCCCUGGCGUCGUUUAACCAGGAAGAACGCAGGAAGAGGGAGAACAAGAUCCUGUCAAGCUUCCGGGAAAUGGUGUACAGGAAAACAAAAGGCAAAGAAGAAAAAUAAAGCAACAGUAACAAUUACGUUUUCCUUACAGUUUGAAAGGUUCUGUAAUAUAAAUACAGAUUUAAAUUAUUCUUACAUUAUUGUCAUCUUAUUGAUGUCACACAAUAUCACAUUAUUUACUAAGAAACCUCUGAUAUUAUAUAUAAUAUCAAUACCCCCAUAGUUUAUUUUAUUAGUGAAAUUGACAGAAACAAAUACUAUGUAUUUGUUAGUAUUUCAGUAUUGGCCAAAAUUAGGCCAAUGUUACAAAACAAUCCAUAGAUUUCCUCAUUUAAGAGUGUAUUUCUCCAGAGCAUUGAUUUUUAUUUUAUUGUUGUGCGUAUAUAGAGAACAUUUCCGGGAUUAUUUAAACAUUAAUAUGAUUAUUUUCAAAUGGAAAUAAUUUUGAGCUCUUGCAAAGUGAUCUGUAAUCUCAUAAUAACAUAGUAUAUUUAAUAACAAUGCAUGAAUCUGACUAAUGCUUACCAUUUCUGCAAUUAUCAUUUGUUAUGAUACAGGAAAUUGUUAAAAUAAUGCAUAUUAUUAGAAGUUGAUAGUUUCUUUCAGUCGAGUCUUGUUCUCAAUGAUGUCUUUCAGCCACCUUUCUCUAAAACUUGUUUUUCCUGGCCUAUGAAAUGGAGGGAGAAAAAAAAAUAUAUUAUCCAAUGGAAGUUCUGUAUUAAAAAUACAAAAGACAAGACAUGUUUAAGUUCUA